CAUCGAGCAUCGCACGAAACGGGUCGGUCAGUCACAUUCGAAUAGAUUUCCCUUUUUCUUUCCACCCCGUGUCGAGUGUCGAUUAGAUCAUUUUCUCCCCAUAGAUGUGCGACAGUUUCCCUUUUUCUUAUCCACACCGCACAAAACGCGUUUGUUGUAGCGCGCGCAGGUUCCCCUGCCAACCAAAAAACGGCGACACCACGGAGUCCUCGACGUAAACAGAAUGUGAUGUGCCUUACCGCGACGCGACGUUUGAGGCGUGUGUAAUCUUUGGUGUCCCUAGCGGAAAGGAGUCUCGUUUUGUGAAAGAGGAAGUGAUGAUUCAUAGGGUCGAAGGAUCUGAUUAGUUUUUACGCGAGUUUUAAAGUUUAUGCUCUUCCGCUCAUAUCACGGUUCGAAGAUAGGCCCAUUGAGCAACUAACCAGCGCUGGUAAUGUGUUAAUUGAUGAUAUUCGUUAACCAGCAGAGUCAUUACCAAACGUAACAUCUAUGUGAUCAGCGGUGAAACGAAGCGAAGAGCCUUCUUUCUACGUCUUGGCAGAGAAUGCCCGUUCGUGCCUUAUUGUGUGUCGCAAAAUCAGUCUGAUGUGCGAUUCCACUCGUACUGGUCGCUGUGAUAGUUCAAACAUAAAUUAAACAGGAAUGGGUGGGGAAGUUAUGCUGACGGUUCCUGUGAUAGUUUUGUUUGCUUUUAUUAUCACACCUGGCGUCAGUGGUUGUGCCGGCAUAGUAACGAAUGAAGUUCACAUUGACUGUUCGGAGGAUACGAAGCAGUCUUCCAACAAGGCGAUGCACCCCACCGCUCCUAUGACCGAGUACUUUAAGGAGCAUGAAGUAACCGAAACCGAGUCCCGGAUCGCUCUCCAGCAGUUGGAUUUGGACAGGAUAAAUCGAGUGCCGGCCUGGUGUGACGAGUGCGGCAUUGAUAAGAUUCAUUUUUGUCGGUCGCCGGCUUUCAUCAACGAUCACUGCUGCUGCGAGCAUCGCCAUGCAAAAGAGAAACUCCCCUGGAUCCCGCACACUUGCUACCUUGGCAAGGAACGAUGUCAACCGCACACCAGUUCCUGCAGUCGGUACCGAGAAAUACGGGAGUGCUGCUGCGAUCGGAUACUCGCCGCACAGUAUCUGGCAAAAUUUUCCGCAGGGAGUCCCACCUGCAGCCGAUUGCACAUGGCCGGUUGGACUAUCUCAUUGCUGCUGACAGCGAUUUCGGCAAUCGGCCGACUCAGCUAACAUCAUCAGUAGUGGCAGUGACAUGCGAUCGCGAUGGUUCACGCGUUCCACCACCAAAGAAAUGCAAAAGAAAGAUACCGUACUACUAUUUACCCACGGCUACCGAUGAUGGUCCCCACCGGCGAUCAAAACUAUCGUGUUUCAAAGGUUGACAUGUGGCAUAUGACUACUUAUAAAUCGUUCACCAAAUUAGACUUACCUAACAAAGCAACAGCAGCGGAGCAAUCGUUCGUGCCGUACUAAAGAUGCGAUUUUAACAGCAUUAUCUACACUUAAUAUAUAUUUGAGGCUGUGGCAGGUUCUAGUGUCAUAAUGAAUAAAAAAACAGUGCUAUUGAUAAGAAAUAAGAUGUAUUUAUAAUUUAUGAUCAAAAGUUCUUUUUAGUUACGAAUAGACAGAAAUAAAAAAAGUAGGGAACCAAAUGGUAUACCCAACAAGCCUUGACACAA